AUGUCGCUGUCUAUCAUUUACGCUCCUCAGGAUGCAACGACAUCGCCCGCCGUCGAUAUCGUGGCCGUGCACGGCAUCGGUGGCGAUGCCGUCAACACCUGGACACACCCGAAAUCGAAGGCAUUCUGGUUGAAGGACUUCCUUCCCCAGCAAAUCCCCGAUGCGCGCAUCAUGACCUUCGGCUACAACGCGGACGCGGCAUUUGGGCAGUCGACGGCAGAGGUGAUCGACCAUGCCAAAAGCCUCCUAGCCAACUUGAUAGACAAGAGAGAGGAAGCGGAGGAGAUUGAGCGCCCUCUGAUAUUUAUUGCCCACUCCUUAGGGGGAAUUGUGGUGAAACAGGCUCUGUUACAGGCACGGCUGGAACCACGAUUCCAGUCGAUCAGCGAUGCAACACUUGGUCUGAUCUUCCUCGGCACACCUCAUCGUGGCAGUGAGAAGGCGUCCUAUGGUAAUGUGUUGGCGAACGUCGGAAAAUUUCUCACCCACGGGCCUUCUUCUCGUCUCUUGACGGCGCUCCACGCGAACUCGGAUGUACUUCUACGGUUGAACACUGAUUUCCGCUUCCAAUUACCCGACUAUCAGGUGUAUAGCUUCUAUGAGCAGCGACCGAUGAAGGGACUUUCUAGUCUGAUUGUUGAAAAGCAUUCCGCCUUCCUCGAAAUUAACAAUGAAGAACUGAUUCCCGUGGACGCCGAUCACAGCGCGAUGUGCAAGUUCGAGACGCAGAGUGACGACAUCUUUGAGACGGUAUACAAGAGAAUCAAGAGGAUGAGAAAUAAUCUGCUGCGGAUCACGAACGAACAGUCGGGCAUGUCCACGAUAGAAGACCGACAAGUAAGGCAGCCAUCGUUUAAUGAUGCGUUUGAUUCGGGUUAUCGGUCUAUGUCGAAUACUGUCUCAAAGAGUAACGAACGAAACGAUGACAAUACCUCAAUUAGAUCUAUCCUGAGCAAUGCCUCACGGGUACUACUUUCGCCGCAGGAAAACAAGAACCUUAUAGCGGUAUUUGCGGGAGAUUUGUGCCAGGACAUUGGCUUCCUCGGAGACCUUGACGAUGUCCGUGAUCGGAUCUCCGCUCGUCUCCCCGAUCUCCUGAAGACUUUCACGCUGAGACUGGAAAAAAGUGUCAAUUCAGAGGCAGAACGUAAGGCAAAGGAAUUCGUUCGGCAACAACGCGAGUAA